UUUCGCAAGGGUUCACACUCAGACAAACCGAUUCUAGGAAAAAAGUUUUGGUCGUCUUUUUUAGAAUCAGUUCAGAGUGAGUCUUUCGUUGCAAACUGGUGCAUGUAUAGACAUCUAAGAUUAAAAUCUAUUGGUGUUACAUCUUCCGUUUUAUCAGCUAGCAAAUCAGUUUUCAAGUUUAGGAAUUUCUCCAGCACAUACUCACAUUCGUCCCCUCUGAAUACAGGCACAAUGGAUUCAUUAACAGAAAACUUGAAAAAGUUGAACUUGGUUGUUCCUGCUCCAGUGGCUGACUCCUUUCCAGAAGCAAACACUGUUGAUCUAUGCAGAAACUACAUCACUGAACAGCUUUCAGAACUAGCAGGUGUCGACAAGUCAAUCAUCUUCCCUGCUCUCGAAUGGUGUCAAGUUCUUGAAAAGGGUGACUUACUUUUGCCAUUGCCAAGACUCAGAUUGAAGGGCAACUUGGACGAAAUGGCAAAGGAUUUAGCUGCCAAGUUUCCAUUAGGCGGCUACAUCGAUCGUGUUGUCCCACAAGGUAAGUUUCUUCAAUUUUACUUCAACACACAAUUUCUUUUGAAGUACGUGACGAAGGAUGUUUUGACCAGAACAUUAGAUUUCGGUUCAGCUCCAUUGGGUAACGGUAAGUCUGUCAUUGUUGAGUUCUCCUCACCUAACAUUGCCAAGCCGUUUCAUGCUGGUCAUUUGAGAUCUACUAUCAUUGGUGGUUUCUUGUCAAAUUUAUAUGAGAGAUUAGGAUGGAAGGUCAUUAGAAUGAACUAUCUCGGUGACUGGGGUAAGCAAUUUGGUGUUCUUGCUGUUGGUUUCAGAAAAUACGGUUCUGAGGCUGAAUUGGAAGUCAACCCAAUUCAACACUUGUUCGACGUCUACGUCAAGAUCAACAACGACAUCAAAGCCGAGCAAGAGGCAGCAGAAGCCAAGGGUGAAACUUUAGACCCAAACAACUGUAUCGAUGGUGAGGCCAGAAGUUUCUUCAAGAAAAUGGAGGAUGGCGACAAGGAAUCUGUUGCUCUAUGGAAAAAGUUUAGGAAUUUAUCCAUCGAAAAGUAUAUCGACACAUACGCAAGAUUGAACAUCAAGUAUGACGUUUAUUCUGGUGAAUCUCAAGUUUCUGACGAGGUUAUGAAAAAUGUUUCCAAAACUCUUCAGGAAAAAAAUAUGAUCACCGAAGACAGGGGUGCUCUUUUGAUUGAUUUCAAGCAACUUGGCCAAAAGAAACUUGGUAAGGUUCUUGUGCAAAAGAGUGAUGGUACUUCUUUAUACAUCACUAGAGAUUUGGGUGCAGCCAUCGAAAGACACGAAAAGUACAACUUCGAUAAGAUGAUCUACGUUAUUGCUUCCCAGCAAGAUCUCCACACCAAACAAUUCUUCACUGCUUUGGACAUGAUGGGCAACAAAUGGUCAAAAGAUUUGGUACAUGUCAACUUUGGUAUGGUUCUGGGAAUGUCUACCAGAAAAGGUACUGUGGUUUUCCUUGAUGAUAUUCUUGAGGCUGUUAAAGCUAAGAUGCUUGAAAUCAUGAAGCAAAACUCUGAAAAGUUUGCACAAGUCGACGACCCAGAAAAAGUUGCUGAUCUGGUUGGUAUCUCUGCUGUCAUGAUCCAAGAUAUGCAAGCUAAGAGAAUCAACAACUACGAGUUUGGUUGGGACAGAAUGUUGUCAUCCGAGGGUGACACGGGUCCAUACUUGCAAUACGCACAUUCAAGAUUGAGAUCUAUCCAAAGAUCUGCCGCUGUUCCAGACGAAGACUUGCUCAACGCAAACAUGUCGAUUGAAAAUGUAUGUGGUUCAUUGGAAAAGUUGAAGGCUUUGAACUUAUCUGAAGAAGAGUUCACAAAGAAGUACAAGUUGCUCGAAUCGCAAAUAGAGAAAACUCAGGCGUUAGCUAGAGUCAUGGCCUCAUACCCAGAUACCUUGCGUUAUGCUUCAAAGAACUACGAACCAAGUACUGUUGUUACUUACCUGUUCAAGCUUACGCAUCAAUUCUCUUCUACUUACAAGGUCUUGCGUGUGAUAGGGGAAGACAGAGAAGUCAUGAUUGCCAGAUUGGCCUUGUUCUCUGCCGUCAGACAGAUUCUUCACAACGGUAUGAUCUUAUUGGGCAUAACUCCUGUUGAAAGAAUGUAAUUUAAAAUCUUUGUAUCUUUUCGAUUUUCUCGUGCAUGUAUAAAGAAACAAAUGGAAAAAUCAUAAAUGUUCAGUCUAGUCAUGACAGCCUCGGGGUGAACGAUUACAAAUAAUAUUUUUUCCUAAUGACUAAGCGGCCGUUUCCCC